AUGGCUGACGACAGCGACUACAAGCUUAACAGCGAAGCCGAGCUUGACAGCGAAGAUGAGUUCGACAGCGACGACGAACUUGACAGUGAGUUGACUGAUGUCAUCACGAUACACGUCGAGCACACUGAAGAUGACGGGGUAUCAUCUCACAAGAUCCAACACAAGUACCUCGAGAAGUCGCAUUACUUCCGUGAUCGCCUCGCGCGCGCCUCUACCUACACUUCCAUCAAUCUAUCGGGCGCAGUCCAUACCGUCAGCUUACCGGAAUAUCUGCACUUUCUGAAGACGGACGAACUGCCAGAAGUCUGGCCCGAGGAAAUCGCCAUGCAUUACCUGUACGGGGAGAGAGUCGGAGACGUCCGUUUCAAGAACCUCGUUGUAGCGAGAAUGGCACAACUUCUCGAGGGUUUGGUGCCUACGAAGUGUGCCCGCAAGAUCUAUCGGCAUACAAGCGAGGGAUCUUUGGCGAGACGCUUGCUCGUGGACCAUGUCGUCUACCGAGGUCGAGCAUCGUGGUUAGAGGAUUUUGACUGUCCUGAUGAGCUGGUCAAGGACGUUGCGAUUGAAGCUAUGAAGGCUAGAGAUAUCCAUUCGAUGAAGGAGUUUCGGGUGGAGAAUUAUCUCGAGCCGGAGAGUCGCGCGAUGGCGGUGCGGGAGUGA